UCCCAUUCCUUGCAUUCUAGUUUUAUGCGAUCAACGGCGACCCGCGGGAUUUAAAAAUUGUUUCAUUGCCUUGCUUGUUCCAGUUUCUCGCUCUCUUCAACGCGUUCUGCGAAAUGCCGCCAUUGUUUCUUGACCUCCCCGCUCUCUCUCCAAUGCAAAAAUAGUCCAUUGUAUAUCUGCAUCCUUCACUCUCUCUCCUCUCUCUCUAUCAUUAUCUCUCUCUCUCAUUUGGAGUCUUCAGUCGCUGUUUUAACAUUGCAAGUAUCUUUUCUCUCCUCUCUUCUUCGCUUCGUUUUGUGUAUAAUAAGUGCAUUUGAUCUGGAACUUGCUUCGAUCUGCAGUAUUAUGAACGUUAAAAGUGAUGGUUUGAACUUGACCUUUAAGUCCUCGCUUUUCCUUUGAAGUGACGGUUAGUUUGUGUGUUUUGAUUUGUUUUUGUUUUCUUAAUCUCCAGUAUCUCCCCUUUCGUCUCAAGUUUUUGAAAUGAGUUGAGUGGGGCAGUGUUUGUCUGAUUGUAAUGGAGACUGUGAUUACGUUUCACUGCUCCUUAUUUGCAAUGAAAUUAGGUCCGAUGAGCAUAAAUUGGGCUGUAAAUCUUAAGUAAUUUGAUCGCAAAUUUGAAACCCUUUAACUUCAAUUAGAGUUGGAGUGAUUUAAAAUUUGUUUGAGUUGAUUGUUAUAAGUUGUUUUUCAUGGAUAAAGUUCUUGGUUUAGAGCUCUGUUUUCUCGGUCAGAGGCAUUUGAUACCACGCGUGUUGAUCAUUAGUUGCAGAGAUGAAUCAUGACGUUCCCUUUGCUGCUAUUUGCUUGUUUCUUGUUUAUCCGUUUGUGGUUACUGAGAAUAUGACGGUUCUUUUUUUUUUUCUAUGAAAGUCAGGUGAGUAUUAUGAUAUGAGCAUUUGGUGAACUAUAGGAUUUCAUGACAUGGUCUUCAAGUUUUGACUUUAAAGAUUUUUAUUUAAUAUCUAAGAAUUCUCUACAAAUCCUAUGUUAAUUGAUUGAAUUGCCCCGUCCUCCUGCUUUAUGUCUUAUUUGAGAUGCAGUAUUGCAUUUAUGGUGCUUUGGAUUUAUAAGCUGUGAAAAGAUUUAAAGGUUCUAGCCUGUUCCACUAUUCCUUGAUCAUGUGAUGCAGAUGAUCUGCACUUUUUGUUCAAUCCAAUCAGGAAGCGAUUUAAAUCAGAAGAUUAUUUGAAAAUCUUUUUGAUUUAUUUUUAAUUGAUCAGAUUUCCAAAUUUAAGACUUAAUUCAACAAUUAGGUGUCUUCUUUGAAUUAAUAUUAGGUGUACAAAUUGUUGUCUUUGGAUGAAUAUUUAAUCCUGGAUUAAUUUUUUUAUUUUUUAUUAAAAUCUUGGUAGUAUUUUUUGUUCAGCUGGGAGAUUAAGGGAUUGGGUGGUAUUGGGCAUUUCCUGGAGAUAUUGAGCUGUUCAUUUGAUGGAUUUUGGCCCUCCAUGAGAAUGUUUUGUUGAACUUAUCGAACAUGACCGCAUUAAUGGUUGUCUACUCCAAGAUGCUUUACGAAACUGUUUGGAUGCAAUUCUUCUGAUCAAAUUCAGUUACACUCUUGUGUUUUAGUCCCUAUCUCUGUGUGAGAAAUCACAAUUUACAAUGCACUCAGAUCCAUGUUUCAUCAGAUUUUCAUGGUUACGCCAAGAAGUAGAUGCAUAUGAGUCUAGUAUACAACCAUGAUGGACUAUGGGUUGGGUAAUUUCAGGCUAGUGUGAUAUUGCUCUUGAAGAAAUGAAAGGAGAGUCUUGGGGAUUGAUAAUUGGGAUUUCUAUAGGAGUUAUUAUUGGAGUGCUCUUGGCUAUUUCGGGUUUGUUUUGCAUUAGGUACCGCAAGAAGCGGGCACAGAUAGGAAACAGCAGUUCACGGAGGGCGGCAGCUAUCCCCAUGCGUGCCAAUGGUGAGGACUCAAGUGUGAUGCUUUCAGAUUCAACAAUUGGACAGGAGUCACCAAAAUUUGCUCUUGAAAGUGGACGUCCUUUAUGGCUGGAAGGACCAAAGAAGAAGAAUUUUACCUCAGUCUCUGGCAUACUAAAAUAUUCAUACAAGGAUCUUCAAAAAGCUACAUGUAAUUUCACCACAAUAAUCGGCGAGGGGGCCUUCGGUCCUGUUUACAAAGCCCAAAUGGCAACUGGUGAAACUGUGGCUGUUAAAGUUCUUGCUACAAAUUCUAAGCAAGGAGAAAGAGAGUUUCAAACUGAGGUUCUUCUCCUUGGGAGGUUACAUCACAGAAACCUUGUAAAUUUGGUGGGAUAUUGUGCAGAGAAAGGUCAGCACAUGCUUGUGUAUGUGUACAUGAGCAAUGGCAGUCUUGCGUCUCAUUUAUAUAGUGAUAAAAAUGAACCCUUGAGAUGGGAUUUGAGGCUGCGCAUUGCUCAAGAUAUUGCACGGGGUUUGGAAUAUCUUCAUGAUGGGGCUGUACCACCUGUUGUACAUCGGGACGUCAAGUCUUCUAACAUCCUUUUGGAUCGGUCCAUGAAAGCUAGAGUGGCUGACUUUGGGUUGUCUCGGGAGGCAAUGGUUAACCCUCAGGCAUCUAAUAUUAGGGGGACAUUUGGCUAUCUUGAUCCUGAAUAUAUAUCAACAAAGUCCUUCACAAAAAAGAGCGAUGUAUAUAGCUUUGGAGUGCUGCUCUUUGAACUCAUCACAGGCCGUAAUCCUCAACAGGGUCUCAUGGAAUAUGUCGAACUUGCAGCAAUACAUAGUGAAGGAAAAAUUGGAUGGGAAGAAAUAAUUGAUUCUCGGUUUGAUGGGAAUUACGAUGUAAGAGAAGUGAAUGAAAUGGCCGCGCUUGCCUACACAUGCAUAAACCGGAUGCCGAGAAAACGGCCCGCAAUUAGGGAUGUUGUUCAAGUGCUGUCUCGAAUAACGAAGCCCAAAAACUGCCGCAAGCAAAAUCGCCAAGCCUUGUCUGCUAUGGCUGAGGAAACUUCAAUUGAUAUUGAGUUGGAAAAUUUGGAAUAUCAGAUACCAGACAAAGAGAAGGUCGAGAGAGAGGAUUCCUUCGAUAGCACUGCUGAUCGGUCUGAAGUGUAGAUGGUGUGCAUCCUUUCCCCUAUCCUUUGUUCUCGGUUUCUAUAUCCUUUUUUUUUUUGCAUUGUGUUGGUGUACGUAUUCUAUGGUCAGCAUCAUGUUGAUUGAAUCAAAUUUGCUGAAGUUUUGGGUGUCAAUGUUUCAUGGUGUUGGGGACCCUCAAUGUAAUAUAGUCAUUUUUGGGGGACAUUUUUUUCAGUUACAAUGAAAAUGUAAAAACUUUU